AGAUGACACAAGUCAAACUAUAACUGGAAAUAAGAGAAAACAUACAUUUGGAGUUGGCGUUUUAGCUCUUAAGGUGGCCAAAUAAGUUUCAAUCUUUCCUCAGAAAUACUUAAGCAACCUAAGCCACACAAAAAAAUAAAUAAAAGAAUAUUGAGCCUGUAAAUAUUGUACGGUCUAAUUGGUAGUUUCUAUUGUUUUCGCAUACUCUUUUGGUUUCAACCAUAGUUAUUGGCCAAACCUUGGAAAUCUGUCAUCCUUGGGCGCAAUCUUCCUUUCUGAAAAUAAGAGUCUUAUCGCCUUGCCGAGAGUUCUUUUGAAUGAAUAGCCGGAAAUACCAACAAUGAUCAACACGAUUCUCUAACGAUUUCUAAUAAAUAUUCAUAUAAAAGAAAAAAAAAACAUGCAAGCACUAAACAAUCCAGUCGGUUAUGGAGGCUACAAUUCCUCUUCCACAUCCAAAGAUUGGCUCUAUUGGUGUCGACUUUGCGCGAAAAUUGAUACACAUAGUAAAAACAUAUUCUAUGAACAUCAACCACUAAUAACUUCCGCUGGUGGAAAUAGUGACGAUAAAAGGAGUACAUUGGCCGUUGCAAUUGGAAAAUAUUUUUACGUACAAGUUAAACACGAUGAUGAUCUGCCUCAAUUGUUAUGCACGGAGUGCACUUCAUUGGUGUCAAAUAUUGCGAAUUUCAAUGAACGUGUUGCUAAAGUACAAGAAAUGUAUACUGCCCUGCAAAGUGGUCACUACAGUAAGGAUACAGAUUUUCAGUCUAUUCGGUUGAAAUAUGGAAUUUUGAAGGAAGAUCCAGCUCAAUUAUAUACGCACCAAUAUGAAGAAGACUGUUUCACUGAGAAUACUGAUCAAGCAGUUAUGGAAAAUUUGAAUAAAUUUGAGAUCAUAUUGAAAAGAGAAAAUCCACGAGAUGGUACUCAAUCCGAUGAAGAUGAGAGAGAUGAUAGUGAAGAUCCUUUUGCCAGCGAUUUUGGUAUUGAGACCGCUGAGGGCAAGCCAUUUUGUGCAAUCAACGAAAGUAGCGGAGAAAGUAAUGAUAAUAAAUGUCCUCCUGGAAUCCCUUCGAAACAACAGCAAAGAAAAUUAAAAACCAGAAUAAACAUAAGUACAAAAGAAGGUUUAAAAGGGCAAGAUAAGUCCGGAAAGUGUCUUAUCCGCACCGACAAAGAGCCAAAUGAUGACAAAUACUAUUGUAGCGACUGCUCGCUUCAUUUUCAACGUCCUGGCAAUUAUCGUACACAUAUGAAGAAAAGACAUGGAAUGGCAUUAGAACCGUUGACAUGUUCCCAAUGCUCCAAAUCCUUCAAGACUAUAUUUGAUCUGAAUUUUCAUAUAAAAACACAUCGACCACUCUCUGAGAAACGAAUAUAUCCAUGCCCACAAUGUGACAGAAAAUUUUCGCAAAAAUGUUAUGUUGCCAGCCAUAUAAAGUUUGUUCAUGAAGAUAUUCGUCCGUUUAUUUGUGAAGAAUGUGGUGAAGGAACACGAACGGAAGCUACACUACGAGAACACAUGCUUACACAUACAGACUUUGCACCUUUUGAAUGCGAAAUAUGUAAGAAAGGUUUUAAAAAUCGUGCGCGCCUAAAGAAACAUAUGGACACGCACAGUUCUAAUAAGCACAUCUGCAACGAGUGUGGUUUAAAACUGAAUUCUCGUACGACUUUAAACUUACAUAUGCUCGUACAUUCUGAUGUUAUGCCACACAAAUGUGACUACUGUGGGCGGGCUUUCAAAAGAGCCAAAACGCUGAAAAAUCAUUUAAUACUCCACAGUGGUCUAAAACCUUAUUCAUGUGACUUCUGCGAUAAAACCUUUGCCAAUGGGGCUAAUUGUCGUACGCAUAAAAGAAAAACUCAUCCGGAGGAAUUAGCAGCUUUAGAGGCUUCAGGCGAAAAAACAUAUACGAAAAAUAUACCAAAAUUGGCUGUACUGAAAACUGUAACAAAAUCAGCCGAAAAUCUUAUCCCAGUUGUCUCCAAACAGAGUGGCAAUUUUUCGUUAGGUAGAAAGCCGAAACCUCCACUGGAUUAUACUGUUGACAGAAAGCACUCCAAUUCGUUGACAGGAGUAGAUGCGUCUGCUGAAACAGUGUUAUCGGGCAGCCAAACAUUUUUUAAAGAAAACAGUUUAGACAUGACUAGUCUUACGGAGAGGAAUAACAUACCAUCGUCGUUUUGCUCAUCGUCUGCUGCUUGGGUGCGUGAUAACUCAUCGUGGUCGAUCAUAACCGGUGUGUGCAUUGUGUCAAUACGCGAAAAAGUGUCCGCUAUGUCGUUGUCCGAGCCAGAGAUGUGCUCUAUUCUUGUGAAAAAAAAAAUGGAAGCUUAUGGAGGGUACAAUUCCUCUUCCACAUCCAAAGAUUGGCACUGUUGGUGUCGACUUUGCGCGAAAAUUGAUAUAAAUAGUAAAAAUAUAUUCUAUGAACAUCAACCACUAAUAACUUCUGGUGGAAAUAGUGACCAUAAAAGGAGUACAUUGGCCGUUGCAAUUGGAAAAUAUUUUUACGUACAAGUUAAACACGAUGAUGAUCUGCCUCAAUUGUUAUGCACGGAGUGCACUUCAUUGGUGUCAAAUAUUGCGAAUUUCAAUGAACGUGUUGCUAAAGUGCAAGAAAUGUAUACUGCCCUGCAAAGUGGUCACUACAGUAAGGAUACAGAUUUUCAGUCAAUUCGGUUGAAAUAUGGAAUUUUGAAGGAAGAUCCAGCUCAGUUAUAUACGCACCAAUAUGAAGAAGACUGUUUCACUGAGAAUACUGAUCAAGCAGUUAUGGAAAAUUUGAAUACAUUUGAGAUCAUAUUGAAAAGAGAAAAUCCACGAGAUGGUACUCAAUCCGAUGAAGAAGAGAGAGAUGAUAAUGAAGAUCCUUUUGCCAGCGAUUUUGGUGUUGAAACCGCAGAGAAUAAGCCGUUUUGUGCAAUAAAAGAAUGUGAUGGAGAAAGUAAUGAUAGUAAGUAUCCUCCUGAGGUGCCUUCGAAAGAACAACAAAGAAAAUUAAAAACCAGAAUAAACAUAAGUACAAAAGAAGGUUUAAAAGGGCAAGAUAAGUCCGGAAAGUGUCUUAUCCGUGCUGAGAAAAAGCCAAAUGAUGACAAAUACUAUUGUAGCGACUGCUCACUUCAUUUUCAACGUCCUGGCAAUUAUCGUAUACAUAUGAAGAAAAGACAUGGAAUGGCAUUAGAACCGUUGACAUGUUCCCAGUGCUCCAAAUCCUUCAAGACUAUAUUUGAUCUGAAUUUUCAUAUAAAAACACAUCGACCACUUUUUGAGAAACGAAUAUUUCCAUGUCCCCAAUGUGAUCGAAAAUUUUCGAAAAAAGGAUAUGUUGCCAGUCAUAUAAAGUUUGUUCACGAAGAUAUUCGUCCAUUUAUUUGUGAGGAAUGUGGUGAAGGAACACGAACGGAAGCUACACUACGAGAACACAUGCUUACACAUACAGACUUUGCACCUUUUGAAUGCGAAAUAUGUAAAAAAGGUUUUAAAAAUCGUGCGCGCCUAAAGAAACAUAUGGACACGCACAGUUCUAAUAAGCACAUCUGCAGCGAGUGUGGUUUAAAACUGAAUUCUCGUGUGACUUUAAACUUACAUAUGCUUGUACAUUCUGAUGUUAUGCGCCACAAAUGUGACUACUGUGGGCGGGCUUUCAAACGAGCCAAAACGCUGAAAAAUCAUUUAAUACUCCACAGUGGUCUAAAACCUUAUUCAUGUGAUUUCUGCUAUAAAACCUUUGCCAAUGGGGCUAAUUGUCGUACGCACAAAAAAAAAACUCAUCCGGAGGAAUUAGCAGCGUUAGAGGCUUCAGGCGAAAAAACACAUACGAAAAAUAUACCAAAAUUGGCUGUACUGAAAACUGUAACAAAAUCAGCCGAAAAUCUUAUCCCAGUUGUCUCCAAACAGAGUGGCAAUUUUUCUUUAGGUAGAAAGCCGAAACCUCCACUAGAUUCUACUGUUGACACAAAACUCUCCAAUUCGUUGACAGGGGUAGAUGCGACUGCUGAAACAGUAUUAUCGGGCAGCCAAACAAUUUUUUAAAGAAAACAGUUCAGGCGCUGGUAGUCUUACGGAGAGAAACAACAUACAGCCGUCGUUUUGGUAAGGAUAAAAAUGAGUUGAAUUUGUUCAACAAAUAAAACAAAGUGCAUGCACUAAAAACAAUAUAUUCAAAAUCUAUUGCUACCUGGUACAUG